AUGCCUCGGAAAGCAGCGGGCGCAAAGCUAGAACACAUCGCGGGGAGCGAUCUUCCCCCAGAUGCUGCACACGAUAUCUAUCCCGGGCACAUUCCUCGGACCGACGCACAAGUCGUGCCGAUUGCCCCGGAGGCCCCUGAGGCCUGGGAAGAGACACCUCAGAACGGGGCAGUGCGGGGCACCAAGGACAUUGGAGAGGUCUUAGAGCCCGUGGCCUUUCACGAAUCAACCUGGAAUGUGGUGCUGGUACUGGGGUUCACAGAGGCUGGAUGGCUAGACGCGAUCAUCAGCUGCGCCCUCCUCCUCGCCAGCGCCGCGCUGCAGGUCACCUUCAGCCUCAUCCUCCUCUCGGAAGACUUCCUGGGGGAACCCUUCUCCAAGCAUCUCGGCCACGCGGAGAAGUGGAGAAGAGGGCUGGCACAUGACUACAAGCACAUGGACCUUUCGGAGACGAGUCUUGUCUCCCGUGUGUGCAAUAAGGACGACACCAUCAUUGUUUCCACGAGCCAGGCGACGCUGAUUGGGCAGAUCAAUGCUUUCUUGAGCAUCAAGCCGGCGCAGUUUGAGCCGACGGAGUUACGUCGAGGCAUUCUGCUAUGCAUGUUGUGCAUCUUAUUCUGGUGCCUCUACCUGUGCAACGAGUUUCGGGCAAUUGGCCUGUCGUGUGAGGCGAUCUUGCAGGUGCCCACGGGCGCACGCACCCGGUUCGAGCAGGGACGUUUCGUAAGCAUCUCCCGUGCCCGCCGCUGCGUGUACCUACUGGCACGGCUGAUACGAGGCAUGAUCGCAGGGCUCUUGCUGUAUGGUGGCAUCGUUUGGCUGGCCAACACGACAUCCAUCAAAGAGCUGAUGUUGAAUGCUGUGGCACUUGGGGCUAUUUUGGACGUGGACGAGAUGUUCUUCGCCGCCCUGAUGCCCAAGAAGGUACAGAUCAAGAUUCAGGACCUGGAGGCCGUAAAGGUGGUCUACUCACGGAGGCGCAGCCAGAUUGAGGCCCUGCUCCUCCUGCUCUUCAUGUUAGGGCUGCUUCUGUGGCCCUGGUUCCAGCUGGUGGAACCGUUGGGUGAGAACAUGAAGCUCGUGAAGAAGAAGUUUUGCGAUGGUGAUCAGAAUUUCGUCGUGGACGUCAAUGAAAACCAAGAAGUGACCAUUGGGCGACUGACGAAGGCUUUCUCAAGCAACAGGAAUGCUACCCUGAUCGAGAAGGCUGUUACGGACUAUGCCUUUUCGGCUGGGAGUGCUUAUCAGCGUAUCCUGUUCGAGAACGAUAGGAAGUUCGAAAGGAAGCGUACCCAGACAAUGGAAGCCAUCGCGAAAACUGUUCUGACAUGCGAAGAUUUUGGUGCCUGGAUUGAGAAUGACAACUCCUCGUCCGUGAAGGAUGUUUACGGCCCCUACUGGUACUCCACCGCGCAUAGCGCCGGCUUUCCCGACGACAGCACCUGCGAAGACAUGCAGGGUCUCUGCGACCAUGACGGGUACCACCUCCUCCGCUUGUCUUGCGGUGUGACAUGUGGGUGUGGGAAGGUGACCGUGAACCCUUGGUACAAGGUAGAGCACCAUGGAUGCUCAAAGGGGUGUCGCGACUCGGUGAAUUUCGCUGGUUUGCCCGACCUGAACUGCACUGACAUCCCGGUCAAUGCCAGCAGCUGGCAGAACUUCUGGCAGAUGUACCCCGACGCCGUGGAGUCCCUUUCAGUGGUGCUAAGCCAGUCAGAGAAGAGCCAGCUACAAGGGAUCGCCCGGAAGAUGAUGGCCGAGGGUUGCACUGCGCUGCUGAAUGUGUCUGAAGACCCGAUGACGCUGACCAACUUCUGCGCCGGCAACACGAACCCUGAGCUGUGGUCCGCUGCCCCACUGCGUCAGCUCUGCCCUCACACCUGUUGCUCCCAGGCGAGUAGCGCAAGCUGCCCCACGGCGUGCUGCACUGACACGGCAGCCUGCGACAACGCGGAUUGCGGCGACGACGCCGUGAAGGAAAGCUGCCGGCGCACCUGCGGCCUAUGCUAG